AUGGAUAAGUUCAAACAAAAACUUAAAAAAGAUAAAUCGGUGCAAAAUAACACUCAAGAUAAAAAAGAAAUGUUAGUAGCUGACGUGAAGUGCAUCAGAGAGAACCUCAAAAUAAGGGAAAUAUUAAGGAAUGUGAAAAUGAAUCGAAGCAUGCGCUUGAAGGCUCCACCAGGAAGCAAAGUCAUGAAUAAUAAGGACUUCGGUGAUAACGAUGAUUUUUUUGAAGAAUCCCUGAAAGAAGAAGAUGAUAAAGAUCAAGAGCCACCCUGUGCUAAGAAUCCUGAUGUAGUUGUCACGCAUACAGAUUUUUCUGAUGAUAAUACAAUUGGUUCAAAUGAAGACAUUGAAAAAUGUGAUUUUGAAAAUGAGCCUACUGAAGAAAAUAGCGAUAGUGACAAAAACAGUACUGGGGUAUUAACAUCUGAAACCGUAGAAGAUCAUGACGUAUAUAAAUUGGAAAGUUUUGAGCCUGUGAAAAGAAGUGACUCUGUUAGUCCAGAUAAUAGAUCUAUACAACAAUUAUUAAAUGAAAUGCCAGCCACCAAAGUCAGAGAUAGAAAGUUAUCUCUUGAUCAAUCAACACUGAACCGACGUGUAGGUUUUACUCAAUCAGAAUUAGAUUUGCAUUCAUUGGGUAAAUCCCCUCUAGAGAGGAAAUCUUCCUUUUUUAGGAAAAAAAUGGAUAGUUUUUUAAGGAAUACUACGGAUCUAUUUAAAAGACAGUCUCUAACCGGAAAAUGUCAACCUGUACAAAGAAGAGGUUCUAUGUCUGUAUCUUUGCAGUCAUUAAAUGAAAAUUGCGACAAUUCUAACGAGGGUAGUCAAGAUGAAUCUGUUCAACAAGAAUAUCGGUUGAGCAGCGCUCCCAGCUUCCUCGUGUUCCCUAGAGCAUCGACCAGAUUUACCGUUGAGACCGUUAAUCAAUUACUGCCGCCAUAUCUGGAAACCAGUACUGACAUUGGUGAUACUGGAUCGAUACUUUACGCUGCGGCGGUAGUCGUGGGAAUCAACUUCCCGAUUAUGAACAGCUCCAUUGGCAUGGAACUUGGGGUGGAUAAGUGUGCGGUUCUGCAUGUGGAGCGGGAUAAAGUUAUCGCGUCUGAUGACACAACCUCAUCGGGCGCGGCCCAUCUUAGGCUACUUACAGAGGCUGAAACUUACCGGUACUUGAGUAUGACACAGAACAUAUGUGUGGAUGGGACCAGCGUGAAACAGGACGCUGUCGAAGUGUUUUGUGAACGCAUUACAAAAGUUUUCAAUAGCUAUUUUGUUAGGCGUGAACAAGAUACGAGCGUACUAUACUUAGGUCAUGCCCGUUUUCAUGUACAUAUUUGGCGUACUCAAGUGGACUCAGAGCGAACUAAACGCCCUGGAUCGGAAAUUCCGCACAACUAUGACUCGGUAUCGGUUGAAUCGCCCGAAAUCGUCUGUGAUGAGAUUAUAUAUCCCCCGAAAGUGUGGUGGUCGUGGACUAUUCUAGCGAAUAAACCUGAUAUCGUGGUGAUGUACCGAGCAACUUCUAGGAUUUUCUUGGUAGAUAUCACUAUACCGCAUCACGACAAUCUUGUUAAGGCCGAAUCAGAUAAACGGCUCAAAUAUCUGGAUUUGCCACACGACGUUGUCGAGAUGAGGUUGGAUUUACCGGUCAGGCCCAUUACGGUGGGCAUACAGCGGGCAGUCCUACUGGACAACGCUCGGAUAGUCCGUAGGUUCCCACUCAGUCGCCCUAGGCUCCGGCCGUCUGGUCACUCAGCCGGAGUUUAUAACAACCGCCGCAAGGAAAUGCGACCAAGCAGCAGUGCGGCGAGCUUACAAUCUUCUUCAACGAUAACAAGGAGUGCAUCGAGUUUAUCGAUUUGUCAAAAUUCCCGUCUUAUGGAACAACCAUCGGACGUCAGCCUUUCUGGCAGCCAACCCGCCUUUACCAGCGAAUCUCUAGGCGACUUUUCUUCCAACAGCGUUCAUAGUUUAAAUGAAGCGUACUUACAGGAGGCUAUGUUGAAAUCGAGAGCAAUUUCAAUGAGUUCUGGAUUAGAUUCAUCUAAUAGUGGACUCCGGCGGAAAGCCUCCAGAUCAAAUAGAGUUACGUGGGUUGCUAGCGAAGGUCUGACGAAUUACUUUAGAAGAAUAAUACAAGAUGAAAAAUCUAAAGAAAUACAGAACAGUCACUCAUAUCAGGACUUCUCAUGUAUACCAGAAAAUGAAUCUUUCGGCCAAAAAACUGACUCAAAGGGUCGCAGGUUGUCCUACCAACGAGCGGUGUCUGGGGAAGAUCCAGUGCUGCCCACGAGAUACCAGGAUACCUUGAGGAGACGUCAUCUCAUACUGGAGAAUAAUGAGGCAAACUAUGAGUUGCAAAACCUCCUCGCCGAGUUUUCCAAGAAUGGCGUGCCGCCCCUGCAGGGGUUCGUCCCAGCCACUAUACCAGAUGAAGCGCUGUCUUACCUCAUGUGGUCCGAAAAACCUGGUUGCCUCGAGUCUAUAUUCGACUGGAAAACGUUAUCGGAAACAGAGCAAGCCAAACAAGCUGUCAUACGCGAGCUGGUGUCGACGGAGGCUGAUUACAUCCAACACUUGAUAGUGAUUGUUGAGAUAUUUAUAGCAGCCGCGCACGCUCUACAAGACCACGGUAAAAUGCUCGAAGUAGAAACUGAAAGAUUAUUCUCAAAUAUCCCGGAUCUACUCAAUGCAAAUCUGACUUUUUGGAAUUAUACUUUUUAUCCAAUGGUUAAGGAAGCCGUUGAAAAUAAUGAGCCUUACAAAUCAGAAUUGAUGGCUAACGGCUUUUGCCGUUUCCACGAGAUAUUUCAGCCAUACGAGAAAUAUAUGAACGAACAAUCCAAGAUGAUGGAUUACUUCCGGAGUAUACAAACAGACCCUGAAUUUUCGACGUACCUAACCUGGUGCUACACACACAAAUCAUGUAACAGACUUCAGUUAGCCGACCUCCUGGUAAAACCGAUGCAGCGGCUCACUAAGUAUAGCCUUAUACUUAGCCGAGUCGGUGUCUACACCGGUGGAACGGAAGAAACAGGUUCACUAAAAGCUAUGGAAAGCUUCGUAAAAUGUUACGUGACAGAUUUGAAUCGAUCAAUGCGGCAGCGCGAAGAGCUGGAGCAGCUCGAUGAGCUUGCUGGUACCAUCGAACCCUAUGAGUUGGAAUUUAAAGAUGAAGAAAUGGAGAGAUUAUUCAAAUGCAACAGUGCCUUGAACCUAAGGCACCCAAUGGCUCACUGUGCAACUUCACACUAUCGUAGUAUCAUUUUAGACAGUGAGUUCCGCUUCAAAGACCACAUCGGAAAAGAGGUGGAAGCUCGCGUAAUAUUAUUAACAGACUUAAUGAUGAUUUGUAAAAAACAGUCUAAAGGAAAUGUAUUACCGUAUAAAAUGAUAAGACCGAAGAUAUUUUUGGCGCGGCUCAUUCACGCUCAGAGGUUAAUUAAAAAUGUGAAUCAAGUAUACGGGCAUUUGUUCUUGGUUGUGGACGAUUGCGGCUCCUCUAUGGGAUGCUUUUCGCUGACGGAAUCGUCAAAGGAUCCGACGCCAGCCCAGAGUUUAAAGACCUUAGAAAGCAAAAUAAAAGAAGCAAAAAUGUCUUAUGAGAUGAGUAUGUGGGCAGCGAGAAAUCCAAACAGGGAUCUAAGCGAGAUGGAUUUAGAUACCUCCACAGACACCUCUAUGGCCCACAGAAUAAAGACCGCAGAAGAAACAGCAAUCGAGAACGAAGCUCGCGAGAGAGUAGCUACCAUGUUGCAUCGCAGCAUGGGAACUUCUACUGACAACGAAUACUCUCAGUCGUUGACUGACUCCAUUGAAGGUCCUCGAGCGGGUCCUUCAAGCACUCAUCGUCAAUUCAUCCACCGGAGCUCGACUGCUAGCUCGCGACAGUCUCGAUUGUCCAGCUUCCAACAGUCUCUCAGCGCUGCCUCCCGCGACGAUCAACUGAUUGGGCCAAGCAAAGUCAUAUACAGAGCAAGCACUUCUCUAGAUCAGAAAUAUGACCAGCCAAUAACAUCAAUCACUGUGAACGUGGUGAACGAGUGUGACACGCCAGUAACCGUGGAGCAACCGCCCCCAGAAACGUCGAGCGCGUUAUUAGCACCUUCGCCGUCGCAGUCCAGUCGACAUACAUUGAGCGUACACGGCCAAAACAAUGUCACCGUUCUCAGCAGUCAACCGAAUCUCAACCAAGAGUCUUACCAAUUAACGACUAGUGUGAGUCAACCUGGAUUGUCAGCAUCUGAAAGGCUGUACCGAUCUCACCAAGAACUGCUACAACGAAACCGAUUAGCCGCCUCACAAUUUUUAUCGCCAGAUAAUCGUGGCAUCAGUUACCCCCCGCCAAGUCCAACCAGGAAUUCGCUAAAACGUGGCUUAGCGUUCUCCUACUCAUUUAAGAACCCACCCUUGUCAAAAAUGGGCAACGUGUAUAGCCAGCAUUUGGAUACUCCCGUCCUCUCUAGCCAGCAUUUAGACCGGGGACCGAGUCCAAGCCCGAGCGAAAAGAGUGAUAAGAAGUACAAGCUGUUAGGAAGCAGGAGUAAAGCUACAACAAGCACAGAUCCUGAAGAAUCUGCGGCCAGCUCACGAGUUCAGACGCGCCAGCCUUCACGAAGCGGCGACGCAGAAGACAGCACAUAUAGAAGUGACGAACAGGUUGAAUGA